ACGCGCCACGUGGCCGGGAGACGCACAGGGCGCCGGCGUCGCCGCGAGGCCUCUGGGGUGGGUUCGCCAGCAGGGCACGUUCGCGCCGCGCCGCGGAGGGAGGCUAAGAGGGCCGGGCCGGGCGGCGGGGACACGGCGGUACGGUCCUGCGCUCGGGAACGCGGAAUGUUGCCCUGGUCGCCGCCGCGGUGGGGCGCGGGCCCGGAGGAGUCACCCGAGGGACCAGGCCUUCCGGCGGGCAAGGACCAGGGCGAGCCCUGGAGCGCCGGAGCGGACGCCCCCAGGGAGCUGGGGACACCCCCAUGGGACAGCCCACAGCCCCCAUCCCGUAGCCCUUCCUGGAUCUGGAGAGAGCAGCUGCUGCUGCCCCACCACCUGCCAGGCCCGGCCACUGAGCAGCCCCCCGGAGCCCCAGAUCCCCGUUCCCCCCAGGUGGCCCCCUCGAGGAUGACUCCACUAGCGCCCUGGGACCCCAAGUAUGAAGCCAAAGCAGGACCUCGGCUGGUGUGGGGGGCCAACUGUAGCUCAGGAGCCUCGUUCUCAGGCCGGACGCUGUGUCACCCCUCGUUCUGGCCGCUGUAUGAAGCAGCCUCGGGCAGGGGUCUCAGGCCCGUGGCCCCUGCCACAGGGCACUGGAAUGGACAGCAGGCGCCCCCAGAUGCAGGGUUCCCGGUGGUGUGCUGUGAAGAUGUCUUCCUCUCGGACCCUCUGCUGCCCCGGGGGCAGCGUGUUCCCCUGUACCUGUCCAAGGCCCCCCAGCAGAUGAUGGGCUCCCUGAAACUGCUGCCGCCGCCCCCCAUCAUGUCUGCCAGGGUGCUCCCCCGCCCAUCACCCUCCCGGGGCCCCUCCACUGCCUGGCUCAGCGGGCCGGAGCUGAUCGCUCUCACUGGCCUGCUGCAGAUGAGCCAGGGGGAGCCUAGGCCCAGCUCCUCCGCGGUUGGCCCCCCAGACCAUACCUCUGACCCACCCAGCCCCUGUGGUAGCCCCAGCAGUUCUCAGGGUGCUGACCUCUCUCUCCCACAGACCCCAGACACUCAUUGUCCAUAGCCUUCUCGGGGCAGAGUGGGCUGGUUGUGUUGAUAAUAAAACAGUGUUGGUUUGCAAAACAGGCUCCGUGUGGCUGGGAGCAGAGUAAGUCAUAGAGGCAGGAAUGGGGUCUCU